GCCAGCUUUUAGCGUUUUUUUCCCCUUUCGUCCUUCUUCCCGCUGGUCUCAUCGGUUUCACUGAGGUGCUAUACCAGUUCGCUGUUUCACACUUUUAACCCCCUACCACUACACUCAACAUGGAUGAUUUUGACAUGCUGAACGCGCCUACUGCUGGAAACGGUGUAGGCUCGGAGGAGGACCCUGCUGCCGCUUUUCUGGCCCAGCAGGAGAGCGAAAUUGCGGGGAUUGAAAACGACGAAGGCUUCAGCAUCCUGGACAGUGGAGAGGUCCCCUUUUCGCUAGGAGACUCUAACGAUGGUGUCAUCAAUGGAGAACUUCACGGGGAAAGCAAUGGCCCAUCAGAUGCCUAUGCAGCAAUUUCCAAUGCAGACCGACUGCAGGCCGAACCAGAAAGUCUACGCAAGUGGAGGGAGGAGCAAAGAGAGAGGCUGGAGCAGCUUGAUGCUAACUCUCGCAAGCAGGAGACAGAGUGGAAGGAAAAAGCUAAGGUGGAGCUGGAGGAGUGGCAUGCCAGGCAGAAUGAGCAGCUGGAGAAAACCAAAACCAAUAACAGGGUGCUGGAUGAAGACUUCUACAAGCAGCCCUUCUCUGAGCUCAUUGGUUAUGUCACACAUAUUAACCAUCCUUGCUACCGCCUAGACCAGGCGGCUGAGGAAGCCAUGAUUUCAGAUCUGGAUGAGAACAACCCAGGCACAGAGUGGGAGCGGGUGGCACGGCUCUGCGACUUCAACCCCAAGUCCAGCAAGCAGGCUAAAGAUGUGUCCCGUAUGCGCUCGGUCCUCAUCUCCCUGAAGCAGUCCCCACUAGUCCGCUAGACUCCCAAGCUGCUCAGGAUAUCAUUCCAUAUCAUCCUUUCCCAUGACCCAUCAACGAAACCAACUACUCAUAUCUGAUGAAAAGGGGGCACUUAGACCCCUUGUGUUCAUAUGUUAGUCAUGCACAGCCUUGUUCGCCCACCUCCCCAGGGUAUAGCGACUUGUCUUAUCCUGAUACAUUUCCUCCCGGCAGGGCUGUAGAAAUUAGUCUUUGUACCUGCUCACCAUUUUCUGCCCCUUGAAAGGAUUCUACGUUACACCUCUUGCAUAGACACAGUCAAGACUGUUUCCCUUGUUUAGCAAAAUGAUAUCAAGGACAGUUAGAUCUACACAAAGUCUCAUGGUUUACAUGACACUUGUGUGAGGAUGGCGAGUUAGGACACUAAAAGGGAAGAGGUGAUGUUUGUUUGGGCCAACAGCUACACUACACUACUUCACAAUGCCCCCCCCCAAACAAUAUCAUUCAUAUAAUGCUGUCUUGUAACUGCUAACCUGUCAGUCUUAUUCAUUUUUACACCUUUGGGGAUUUGAUAUUAAGUGGUUUCAUUUACAUUUUUCCACACAGCAUGUCACUUUCUCUCAUUCUUCCAAAACCAUUAUCUACUGUUUUCUUUUUCUUUUUGAUUUUGAAGGACCAAACUCUUAAGACAAAACUCCAAAUUCAGUGUGUGUACUUUGAACUGUGUGUGGAACCUGAAUAUUGUGUUAAAUUUUCCAAACUAUGCAUUUCUUUUGAAAGCCUCUCCCCCUUCCAGUCAGGAACUCAAGUCCAGUCAUUACAAUAAAUGUGACCUGUUUGUAUGUGUGUUUAAACCUCAACAGUGUGUAUGUACUUGAUGCGUGUACCUAUGUACAUAUACAGAAGGCAAUAUAUAUACGUUAUAUAAAACAUUUAUGUCACUGAAUAUUAGGCAGUUGUGGUUUUAAAGAGAACUAGAUCCUAGCCAGCUGUUGCUUGACCAUGUUUGUUCAUUGUCCAUUUGAUUUCAAUAUCAGUAAAAAAGUAAAUGAAA